CCGCAUUCUAUCAAUGUAGUUUCCAAAUCGAAACCCACACACCACUACAAUGGGUCUUUCAGUGAUAUUAUUUGCGGUAACAGUGUUAGUACAAGCAAGUUUGGGGAUACCACCUCAUUCGGUACAUCAUCCACCACCACCACCUCCACCACCACUAAACAAACCAUUCCCUCAGAAGUUUUCUUUCGGAGUUGCAUCUGGAGCUCACAAUAUUGAAGGUGCUUGGGACUUGGACGGUAAAGGCGAAAGCAUCUGGGACUCAUGGCUCCACUGCGAACCAGACGUAGUAAUUGACGGCACCAAUGGUGACAUAUCAGCAGACGCCUACCACCACACCGAAGAGGACGUAGAAAUAUUGAACAACCUCACAGUAAGCCAUUACAAAUUCUCUUUAUCUUGGACUAGGAUCAUCCCUAGCGGUUGUGGGGAAGUCAACAAAGCUGGAGUCAGAUACUACGAAAGGUUAUUAAAGCUUCUGAAGGAUAAUCAAAUCGAACCAAUCGUCACCAUCUACGAUGGGGAUCUACCUCAAUGUUUACAGGCAAUGGGAGGAUUUUUGAGCGAAGAUUUUACUCUAUGGUACGAAGAAUACGCUAAGACUGUCUUCGAGCUGUUUGGACAUUACGUCAAGUACUGGAUUACUUUCAACAACCCUACUUUGAUUUGUAACGGUGGUUACGGAGAUGGUAUCUACGCCCCAGGUAUCAGCGAUAACACAGGAGUUAAUGACUACCUUUGCGGUCAUAUUCUGCUUAAAGCGCACGCUAGAGUGUACCAUCUAUACGAUGACUGCUACAGGGAUAUUCAAAAAGGAAAAAUAUCAAUUGCUUUACAAUCUGAUUGGUACGAACCUAACUCUGAUUGCCAAACUGAUAUUGAUGCAGCUGAACUGAAAUUGCAAUUCACCAUUGGUUGGUUUGCGCAUGCUAUUUACAUCGGUGACUACCCUCCAGCUAUGAUUGACAGAAUUGGGGAAUUAUCGGAAUACGAAGGAUUGCCAGAAUCUAGACUACCCAGAUUUACCAGGAAAGAAAUUGAAUUCAUCAAAGACACCCACGAUUUCUUCGCUCUACAAUGGUUCACCAGCAAGAAUGUCAAAGCUAUCAGGGCAGAAUCAUGCGGUUCUGUUUCUUAUACCAACGAUAUUGGCGUUGAAAUUUUAGAUAUUGAAGGAGAUAUCACUUUCGGAAUCAAGAAAUUGAUCAUUUGGAUUAAGGAUACUUACUACAACCCGUCUAUAUUCAUAACAGCUUCAGGAUUCUACACAGCUGAUAGGAUAUUCGAAGAUGAAGACCGUAUUACUUACAUCCACGAUUCGUUGGUAAACAUAAGAGCUGCUAUGAUCAACAAUGACGCUCGCGUUUACGGUUACACUUACUACUCAUACAUCGACACUUUCGAAUGGUUGAUGGGCUACACCAAAAGGUACGGUUUGUACGAUGUGGAAUUCGAUUGUCCAACCAGGCAAAGGACUGCUAGGAAAUCUACUGCUUACUAUGCGUUCGUAUGCAAGUUUGGUUGCAUCGAUGACCCAUGUCCUCCUAAACAUCACCACUCAUGGUACUGGGAGGAUUAAGAUGUACCCAUUUAGAUAAAUUUUGAUUGUUUUUUUAGAUUAAAGAGUU